AUGAAAACGCCGAAGACGGCGUUGCAGGAGCUGCUGAACCGCGGCAUCACACCGCAGUAUAACUUGAUCCAGGUGGAGGGAGCCGUACACGAACCCACGUUCCGUUAUCGUGUUUCGUAUCAGGACAAGGAUGCUAUGGGCACUGGAAAAUCUAAAAAGGAGGCUAAACAUGCGGCUGCCCGGGCGCUGAUCGAUAAGCUGGCUGUUACGCAAGAGAACCUUGCCAAUCAUAACACGCCCGGCGGAGAAGAGGAACCAUCGGGCAAUCCGAUCGUUUGGCUCCAGAAGAUGUGCAUUGCACGCAGCUGGCCCUCGCCAUUGUACGAGAUGGAAAUGGAGGAAGUUCUGCCGCACGAGCGCCAGUUCACGAUAGCAUGCGUCGUGUUAAAAUACCAUGAGGUCGGUGAGGGUAAGAGUAAAAAGAUCGCCAAACGUCAGGCGGCACAGAAGAUGUGGCAGCGCCUGCAGGAUCAGCCGCUAGAACCGAGUCAAACAAUGCAGCUGCUCGACGACGAUGGCAACGAAGAGCAAAUUAACCUGAACGAUAGGAGUAUCAAUUUCAAAGCCCUGCUGGACGAUAUCGCUAACGAGCAACGCUUCGAGGUAACUUACGUGGAUAUCGAUGAGAAGACGCAUAGUGGCAUGUACCAGUGUCUGUUACAGCUGUCCACCCUGCCGGUUGCCGUCUGCCACGGUACGGGCAAAACUAUCUUGGACGCGCAAAUGCAUGCCGCACGCAACUCACUGGAGUAUCUGAAAAUUAUGCCGCGAUUUUAGGUACACAAUGAUAUGGGAACGUUUCAAGCCCAAGACGCAACACAGUGUUGUAAAAUUUGGGGGCGCUCUAAAAAUGGUUAGCUAGCAGGGGAAAGCAGAACAAAAAGCGGGGAAACCUUGGGCUUAUCGCUCACAUACGCGUACCGCGGUAUUCUUGGAACGUAUGCGAAAACCCUGCCUCACACAGCGCAGACAUUGCACGUCCCCGUAUCGUUCAAGUAAGUGCGUAAAUGACCAUCAAGAGAAUAACUGGCAUAAUCACCUCUCGUGGUGUGGAUGAUAUAAUGCCCUUUGUAAGGCACACAUUUUU